AUGAUAGACAUUACAACCCCAAGCUACAUUGUUCCCGUUACGGCCCCCUCUCAGCCGAGUGGAUCUGCCACGCUCGAUGCCCUCACUUUCGACAUGAAAGGUCUGAUCAAGAAGAUUCAAGACCUUCGAAACUUGGGUAUUGAAGAUAGCAACAUCGCCUUGCCUAAAAUCUGCGUCGUCGGUGAUCAGAGUACUGGAAAGAGCUCGUUGAUUGAAGCCAUUUCGGAAAUCAAAGUUCCUCGAAGUGAAGGUACAUGCACACGAUGCCCACUUGAGAUCAACCUUGCGCAAAGUGAUGUCGAACAGUCGUGGCACUGCAUAGUUUCUCUGUCGCGGCCAUAUCACUGGGAGCCCAACGAGGCCCGUCGACAGAGCUACAAGAAGACUGAAGUCAUUGGUCGCUGGGUAUGCUGGGGGUCUGGGUCUCCAGACAAUGAGCAUUUCUGUGUGCUGACGGACAGAUCCGAAAUCGCCGAGGCGAUUAAAUGGGCGCAAACAGCAAUCCUCAAUCCCGACGUGGAUUCGCAGACCUUUGUCCCUGGGAAGAAUGCCGUCGCCAUGCAUGACCGCUCACAUGGACUCGUGAAGAACACGGAGGAGUUUUCUCCAAACAUUGUUCGGCUGAACAUUUCCGGCCCUGAUCUUCCAACUCUUUCUUUCUAUGAUCUACCCGGCGUUAUUCGGCAGGCGAAGAAUGCACAGGAGAAUUAUCUCGUGCGAUUGAUUGAAGAUCUUGUGAAGAAACAUGCUGCCGACCAAGACUGCAUUGUCCUAUUGACUCGUUCGAUGACUGGCGAUGCCGAAGUAUCAAGUGCAGGUGGCAUUAUCCAAAAGAUCAAAGGCGCCGAAGCACGCACCAUAGGCGUUCUAACCAAGCCCGAUCGUCUGGCAUUCUUCGAUCGCGGGUCCAAUGGCGUCCCUGAGCAUGUUGCAAUUCGCGAAUUUUCUUCCUUCAAUCAGUGGAUCGAAAUUCUGGAAGGGAAGAGCUUCGCCUUGGGACACGGAUACUACGUGGUGAAGAAUAACCCUGACCCCGAUGUGAGCCACGCCCAGGCCCGCCAGGAAGAGACAUUGUUCUUUUCGAACCAAAUCUGGAGCAUCGCCCCCAUGAAUCAUUUUCGGAGUCGUCUCGGUGUGAAAAACCUCCAAAAUGCCUUGUCAAAUGUCUUGAUGGACCAGAUCCAAAGAUCGCUGCCAUCCAUCAUCAAAAAGGUCAAUGAAAAGGCCAAGUGUAUCGACGACAAGCUGAAGGACCUCCCCGAAACCCCACGUGAGGAUGCGCAGCGACUUGUGACCGAAAUGCUCACAAUCCUAUACCAGAAGCUCCGGUGCUUGUUGACUGGCAGCGACGCUCCUUUUUCCGAGCAGGAAUUCGCCCACCUCACGCGGGAUUUCAAGACUGCCUUGUCCGUGAGCAUGCCCGCCAUGACCAUCCAGUCGAGGAUCGAUGAUUUUGAUAUCAUCAAACGAGAACCGGAUGUGCAAAUUCCGGUCACGCCAUCCAAGCGUAAAGCUUUUAGCCAGGAUGAAACCUCUCCGCCGACAAGUGCGGCAAAGCCAGGCUUGAAGCCCCCGCCAGAGUACACCUUUCCGGAGUUCGAAACCUGGAAUCGUGCAGCUGAUCGCUAUUCGCUUUCAAGACUACGAGACCUCCGAGGAAAGUUCCAGCGUGCCGGGGCUCCUAAUCAAACUGACCCUCGAGCCGUGGAUGCCCUCAACAAGAUGAGCGCCCAGCAUUGGGAUAAGCCUCUCGGAAUAUUUGUCAGUUCGGUCCACCAAAUGGCAAAACGCGUGCUCCUGGAGACGCUGGAACAUGUCAUGGGUCCAUACCGCCAAACUGAGCUUUUCCGAGAGCUCAGUCGUAUCAUUGAGGCGUUUCUGAACCGGCUUAAGAAGGAAUACUACGCGAAUUGCAUGGACAGGUACAACGCCGAGAUCGGGAAGCCAUUUACUCUGGCUGAGGAUCUCCACAAGCGCAAAAUGGAAGAGUCGCUGAGGAUCCUGACCGAUCGCCGCAGUGAUUUCCGUCUCAGGCAGAAUUUGAAGGAAAAUGGCGAAAAUAUUCCCAGUGACGAAAAGAAAUGGAAGAGCCUGAAGGAGAAGUCCGAGCUUGGCCCAGAUGAAUACUGGCCUGAAAUCGAGAUGAUGGCAGUAAGUACUGUGUUUCCCUUUCUUGAUAUCAUGAUACUAAUUCUCCAACCGAACUCUCGAGCUUAUUACUCGAUCGCUAGCCUCCGCUUCGCGGAUGUCGUUUGCCAGAGCGCUUACAUGAAGGUGUUUUGGAAAUGUCAGGAGGAGCUUGUGACCGUUUUGCGUCGUGAAAUCGACGCCAAUUCUCGUGAGCGUUGCAUCCUGCUUCUCUCUGAAGAUCCCGAAAGAGAGAAACUUCGACUCAGGCUGGAGAAAGAUCAACACAAGUUUGCGCAAGCCCAGCAGUCGCUUAGAGAGUAUGAACGAACAGAGGAAAUCUCAGAAGAUGAGACUAUGACGGACUCUCCCGAUCCUCUCAUGGUUCCCGGGUGGGAGGAGAUGUGA